GGAGAGAAAGAGUGGGGCCCUUUAGUGAGAGAUGAGAGAGCGACUCGCAAAUCUCAUAUCAUACAUUAUACGAAGCCUCCUUUGCUUUUGAUUUACUUUUUUUUUUUCCUUUUUGUUUUCGAGAUCCAAGUAGUAGUGGUACUGUAGUAGUCGUGGGAGGGAGUAGUAAAUCUGAAUGUUAUAGUCGGUGCGAAGAUGAGGAACAGCGUUGAGACUGUGAACGCCGCCGCUACCGCCAUCAUCACCGCUGAGUCUCGUGUACAGCCUUCGUCUGUGCAGAAGAGAAGGUGGGGAAACUGUUGGAGCUUAAACUCAUGUUUUGGAUCUCAAAAGAACAACAAACGGAUUGGUAACGCCGUUCUUGUACCGGAACCCGUUGCAUCUGGAGCUCCUCCGGCGAUUUUAAUCCAAAACUCAACCACUUCGAUAGCACCUCCUUCAUCUCCAGCUUCCUUUCUUCAGUCUGGUCCUUCAUCUGUCUCUCAUACCCCUGUUGGUCCACUUUCUCUUACAAGUAAUACAUUCUCCCCUAAGGAACCUCAAUCCGUCUUCUCUGCUGGACCAUAUGCUAACGAAACUCAACCGGUCACUCCUCCGGUGUUCUCCGCAUUAAUAACCGAGCCGUCCACUGCCUCAUUCACUCCACCUCCUGAAUCUUCACUCCAUAUAACUACACCUUCUUCCCCUGAAGUUCCCUUUGCUCAGUUGCUUACAUCUUCUUUGGAGCUUACUCGUAGGGAUAGCAGCGGGACGAAUCAAAAGUUCUCGUCUUCACAUUACGAGUUUCGGUCUAACCAAGUGUGUCCGGGGAGUCCUGGUGGUGGUAACUUGAUCUCCCCUGGCUCAGUGGUUUCAAACUCCGGCACUUCUUCUCCUUACCCCGGUAAGUCACCAAUGGUUGAGUUUCGAAUCGGGGAGCCUCCAAAGUUCCUUGGCUUUGAGCAUUUCACAGCUCGCAAAUGGGGAUCCAGGUUUGGUUCUGGCUCAAUCACGCCUGUUGGGCACGGUUCAGGGAUGGGUUCAGGCGCAUUGACGCCAAACGGUCCAGGGAUGGUUUAUGGAAACAACACUGCAUGGCCACAGAUCUCUGAGGUCGAGUCUCUGGCUAACUCGGAUCAUGGGUCUGAAGUCAUUGUAGCUGAUCACAGAGUUUCAUUUGAGUUAACAGGCGAAGACGUUGCGCGCUGUCUUGCUAGCAAGCUGAACCGGUCACACGACAGAAUGAAUAACAAUGACCGGAUUGAGAAGGAUGAGAGAAGAAGCAUAGAGAGUUUGUUAGGAGAUAGAGAGACCGAACAGCAGAGGAUUCAUCAGCUCAGUUCCUCCUCGGUUGGAUCUAGCAAAGAAUUCAAAUUUGAUAACACGAAAGAAGAGAGUAGUGAGAAAGUCGCAGGAAACAGCUGGAGUUUCUUCCCGGGGUUACGAUCUUGAGUCAGCUAACAAAACUAGCUCCUUCUACGUUACCAAGGACUAUAUAUAUAAAAGAACCAAUGAACAAACCAUUGAACAUUACUCAGUGAGAUGGUGGAGACAGGGGUAAGAGAAUGGGUUCUGACAACUUAUAUACACUACUGAAUAAAUAAGCUAGUUAGCUUUGGUUUUGCAGUUGUUGUAAGAACAACUUCUGUACUGAUGUAAUUAGGAAUCUUGGAAUACUAUUUUAAUCUUGUUAUAUUGAUAUAUCGAUGAUUCGUUGUGCAAUAAAAUUAUAUUUCUUUUGUUAUAUAUUAUCAUAGUAAUAUUC